AUGCGUUUGCUGCUGCCUCUGCUGUGCGCAAUGACUCUCCCCUCUUGCCUGGAGGCAAUUCACGGGAUUUACACGUUUGGUCACACUGAGCUCUUUCAGAAGAAAAAUAACUGCAAACCUAUCCCAGCCAAUCUGCUCUUGUGCCACGAUAUUGAGUACACCGAGAUGCGCCUCCCGAACCUCUUGGGUCACGAAACGAUGAACGAAGUUUUGCAGCAAGCCGGAUCUUGGAUUCCCUUGGUCCAGAAGCAGUGUCACCCGGACACUCGGAAGUUUCUUUGCUCGCUGUUCGCACCAGUUUGCCUCGAUGAUUUGGAUGAGCCGAUCCAGCCGUGCCGAUCGUUGUGUGAGAGCGUGAAAAACGGUUGCUCUCCGGUGAUGGCUGCGUUCGGUUUCCCGUGGCCGGACAUGCUGGACUGCGAGCGCUUUCCUCCCGACAAUGACCUGUGUAUUCCGCCUGCCGGGAUCGACAGUGUAGUACCGGUCACCAAAGAAGUGCCCAGAGUAUGCGAUGCCUGCAAAGACAAAGCGGAGAAUGACAACGAAAUCGUGGACAACCUGUGUAAGAAUGAUUUUGCCUUGAAAAUUAAAGUGAAAGAGAUCUCCUACAUCAACGGAGACACGAAGAUCAUUCCCGAGUCCAAGAGUAAGACCAUCUAUAAGCUGAACGGUGUGACGGAGAGAGACCUGAGGAAAACGGUGCUCUGGCUGAAGGACGGGCUUCAGUGCGUGUGUGAUGAGAUGAACGACAUCAACGCAUCCUACCUGGUGAUGGGCCAAAAGCAGGAUGGGAAUCUGGUCAUCACUUCGCUCAAACGCUGGCAGCGUGGCCAGCGCGAGUUUAAGAGGAUCUCACGCAGCAUCCGCAAGCUCCAGUGCUAG